AUGGCGAGCGUAAAGUCUGAGGAGAGACUCCUUGAUGCAACUUUUAAUGACUUCGCAACGUUACUCCUUUCCCUCUAUUCAGGUCCUCAGGUCACAAUCCGCAUCGGAUCCGAAAGCCACGAAUAUAAGCUCCCUAAAGCCCUCCUCUGCAAGCAAUCCUCAUAUUUUGAGGCUAUGUUUGAAGGACCCUUUAAGGAAGGGAAAGAUUUCGAAGUGCUUGUGCAGUGGAUCUGCCUUGGCCGAGUCGUCUUCAGAGAGUGCGCACCGGACAUCGAUAUUACUACGGCAAUCGAAUUUGCUAGAUUGGCAGAUAUGUGUUGUAUCACUGGCAUAGAAUCUAUGAUGGCUGAGCACAUCAAAGCUGUCAUUCUAACGAAUCCAGCUCCAGAAGAUCGGCAGUAUGAGGGGUGGAGAGCGCCAGACACGCACGCUCACUGCCUCACGUCUGAGCACAUUAUUUCAGCAGUCGCUCUGCCUGAAGGACACCCAGUGCGUGCGAUAUUAGCUGCAGCAACUGUUGAAGGCUACCUCGGACAGCGUAUGUACAAAUUUGAGAAAGAGGCUUCAAGCGUUCCCGAAUUUGCAUUCGACCUCCUCAAGGCUUUAAGAACAACCACCGAGACUAUAAGGGGUAAGCCAACCACUUUCGAGGAUCCUAUCAGUCAGGAGAGGUUCAAGCUCAUGAGGCGCUAA